AUGCUAGCCGAUUCGAUCCAGAGAUUCUGCACAAAUAAGACUUGUGGCGUGUGCAAAAAUCAUGCGGAAUGCUUUUGCUCAGAUAUACAACCUUACCCAGAAAUUGUCUCAAAUCAGCGUCUUUGGUCAGCCGGUUUGCAAUAUGCCCAUUAUAUCCAGCUAUUGAGGCACAGUAUUGUAAUCAAGAUGCCUUUAGUGCGGUACAAUAGUCUUUGUAGAGAAGAGCGAAACUCCCGCAACGUACCCUUUCCAGCUCAAACAGUCAUCGCCAUAUUGCCUUUGUCACCGCGGAGCCAUGAAUAUGCACUUUUUGAGAUUUUGCUUCAACAGAUAUCUGCCGUGAGUUAUGUACGUUUGUCGGGGAAACCUCACCUUCUGCAAGACGAUAUGAUCGGGGCCAGCCCGGCAGAACUAGGAGCCUACACUGUUCACGAUACCCAUCCCAGUAGUGGUCCAGAUCCUAUCGGAAAGAUCAUACCUGGUUGGGUUGACCAGAACUGGCUUAGGAAAUGUAUCAAGAUUAAAUCUCGCAGCGCCACCCUCCUAACGGAAAAGUGCCAUUGCGAGAAUGGAGGUUUUCCUACUACAACAUGUAUUGGCAUCGAAGCGCAAUUUCCGCUACCAAGCCAUCACCAAGAUCAUUUUUCAGUUACAGUUUCUUUCCGAGAUGUUAGUGGUACAAUGUUAUCUGGAACGAUCAUUUUGGGAGAUUCCGUUACUCAAAUGGAGUUGCGUGAGAUAAGGCUGUCCGAUGGCCCAAACGUCGAUCAUCCAUAUUUUCUGAAGCGAGAUAAUCAGACUCAACGUUGUAUGAGAGUCUCUGCCCCAAUACCCAACACAGGAGAUUUCAUUGACGUUACUCUCCGCAAGUUCCCAGUCAUCGAAGUUGAGUUCUCAAUGGGAGAAAAUUUCAAAAAGUCUUCGCGAAAUAAUGCCGCAACUAGUAUCUGGGGUGGUGAAUUAGGUAUCUUAAAACACCAAUAUCGUUUAGAUAUUCAUCGUUCGUCGGAAGAAAUAGACAACCGGCCCAGCACCUCAAACAACCUAUCAGCACCUGACUCUUCACGGUCGACCAGCAUUAGCACGAACUUUAGAGAGUUUAUAUAUUCCUCCGUAUCGUUGGGCUAA